AUGGGCGAGAAAAAGUAAUCUUUUUGGAGAAGGUAGAUUCCGCGAAAGAGUUGGCUUCUUCCGGCUUAGUAGAGGCGGAGAAGGGGGCGGAAUUACCGCUGUUGACAGUCGCCGAAAUUUCGCGAUUUUUGAAGAAAGUAAAUCUAAAAGACGCGUCGGCCGCGAUCAUGCUCCAGAUUCUGGCAAAUGAAUUUUCCUCGCGAGUGAUAAAACAACACGACGCCGACUCGACGGCGGUAAUAAGGCGUGCUAAAUUAGCCGCAAGAUUAACGAAGUUACUGGCUAACUCGAAACGUUAUUUGAGCCCCGAUAAGUUCCCAUCUGACCUCGUUUUCUCCGCAAAACAGCCUCCCGUUUGCAAUUCCCGUCUGUUGAGGCGAAUUCUGCCACUCAAUUCCUAUAAUCUCGUCGCGCCAUUAUUGGGCAUGCCGAAUUGGUACCCGAAGGAGACCCCCAAAGGAGUGCAAGAAAUCGAAGAUACGGUACGUUUGGAGGACGAAGACGAAGUGGAAAGUGAAACUCCUUUCAGUUUGGUGGUGCAUCCCCCGACGAGCAAAGACAUUUCGACGAGCGGAGAUGAGCAUAAAGUAGGUCAGGCCAGAUCGAAUCCUUACGCUCUCUUUUUGAAGAAACCGCGACGCAAGGCUGUCACCUGGCGUCCUUUAACGGCGACCGACCUCAAAGACUACGAUCCUGAGGCCACGCUCGAAAUGAGAGCCAGAAAUAUUACGGACAGGAUAUGCCGUGACUUCUGUCAGUGGCUGCGUGGUUUAGGCGGCACCAACAAAGUCAUCGACGAGGAGGUCCUCAGAGAUAUGUUCGAAAUUGACUUUACGGCCGACGCCAGCAGAACGACACAGAUGUCGAUAAAGGAAAUGCCGAUGGUGCCCGACAAGGGAGCCGCAGCGAGACAAUGUCUUGACGCCGGCGAGCUUGCCAUGACCAGGAAGCAUCUGAUUAGAGAUGCUAAAGCUGAGAGCAGGCCGGCCAAAACAAUGGCGUUUGGCUGCGCGAUACCCUGGGAGCAUCAAUUUGUACCGCCCGGAAAUCGAGUGAGAGAGAGAUGGCUGCACUGCGAAAACGUGACGCAAGAUGUGGAAACUAUGGAUGUGGUCUGGAAGGGAAUAACGCAUCUGGAUAGCGUGAAGACUUUCGCGAAAUGGCUCCAAGAACAACCGACGAACUCGCUGCCAAAUGUGCUGAUGAAAGCAAUCACCGAUUUCUCGAGACACCCUGUCAACGAUGAGGAUCUCGUGUGAGGACCAAGAAGAACCGGACAAAUUGAGCAAAUCGGCCGUUUUCAAGUCGACGGUGUCCGUCAGAACGCAAUUGUUUGACGUGUAAUCAACGGAAGGAGGGGAAAAUCGACGCGCGGAAAGAAAUUGUCAAUCCACACUCGAAGUUGGUUCCGCCGUUGCGCCUGCAUACUGGCGCCAAAUACGUUCCGUGUAACCGAUACGACCACACGGAUGACACGACGCAGAACGCCCAUUUCCUGUAUGCGGCGAACGGUUAACCUCCGCAGCCGCCGUGGACGCUUCAAUUGUGAACAAUUCCCGGGGAAAUUUCGACAAACGUUCAAUUACAGAACCUAAUUUUCUGCUAAUGAUCACCGCGUUUCGCGCGAGCGACGUAACGUAGAUAGAAAUCAAGUUGCCCGUCAGAUUCGCACCUCGAAAUCAAAAUGUAUGAAUCGUUAAAAGGCGCGAACGGUUACCGGACCAUUAUUCCUGAUUUGGCGUGUAGAUUGGAUUAACAGUCCGAUUUCACCGACCGAAUUAAUUCAUUGGCAACGCGCGGCGCAUCGACUAAUGCUGUAUUUCGCUGCACCAAUUAUCGAUCACUCAGGUCUCAUUGCACUGGACUCUAUUAAACACGUGCGUGUGAUUAUAAUUGUAAUAUUAAUAAUGAUAUUCAUUCAUCAAUAAUAACAACCUGUCAUUAACGCGUAGGACAAGUAAAUUCUCAAAAUACAUACGCACGCCUUUCUUCUACGUUAAACAAAACAUUCAAUAACGCUCUCGAAACCUUCCGACUUUAAUUAACAAAAUAAAUAUCAUACUGCGAAUGUAAAUAAUAAUGUAAAUCUUAUAAAAAAAAAAAAAGGAAUAUUAAAAUAAGAAUGGGAAAAAUAAAAAGCGCGGAUAGAACCUGAAGCUGAACCAUAGAACCGACGAUCUCGCAUCGACGAGUUGUCUAGCGAAAUAACGCAAACGAGCCGAUGAAAUAUUGGAAACGUAUCACAGACGCUGGAUGUCCUGACAGUGUCUGCUUACGACAGAAAAUGCGCCUUAGACCCGCGGCAGCGAGAAGAAAAAAAAAUGGAGCUCGCCUCGUUUGCGAUAUAUUUUCCUCCUUGCGAUAUAUUUUCCCUCCAUAAUUUCUUUGUCAUUUCUCUCGCAUGCCAAAUAGCGGGAUUCAAAUUAUAUCGUGUCAACGAACGAAGAAUCGUUGUGAUGAGAUGUCGUAGCAAUGUUGCUUCUGUUUAAAGAAAUAUCGAGUGUGGUGGUACGAGAUGAAAAAAAGCUCAGAUCUAAAAAAAUGGUGACCGGGCGCGAGCUUGCCGCACGCUUUGAAUCCGGCUCUUCUUUCUGUUUACCUUUAAUAUUUGUCUAACCUUUUUUUCCCAGCAUUCAUGUGUGCCCCGCCGGUCCUAGCACACAAAACAUAAAGCAUUAUUCGCGCGCGCGUUUCGCUGCUCGCUUUGUUAAAUAUUUACUUGCAUAGUGACGUUUAGAUGCCAUGCCAGAAAAUACGCGAUUAACUUGUUUUCGCCGAAUGCUCCAUUUUUUAAAUAAGUUCACGCUUUUCCAGACGGAAUUUUUAAGUGCGGUCGAAUAUUUCCAGCAAUUUUCCAGCGCAAUUUUCAUCA